UUAAUGGCAUUAAUGUGAUGGCCUUAACCAUUCUACUUUUUUAAUUUGUAUGGAAUUUCAUAUGUUCUUUAAUAAUUGGUGUGUAACAAGUUAAUAACAUUAUAAGAAUACAAUUGUUGUUUUGUGGGAAUGGGCUCAACAAAAUAUAUGGUUCCGAAAAUAUUAAUUCUUGUAUUUAAAUUAUAGGUUUAUAAAUAUAUCAAAUAGAUAUAAUUAAGAUAUAAAUGUAUUAUGGUAUGUAAUUUAAAAUGUUGAAGCAAAACCAUAAGAUUUUUCAAGAUCUAUGAAAUAAUUCAAAAUUUUUGUUUUUGUAAUUACUAAAAAGGAAGAAAACUUUUAAACAGAAGAGAUACCUGCGCUAUUUUAUAUUUACAAGCUUCAGUAUUUUCUACGGCUAUAAUAAUUUAAUACAAAGUGUUGACUACCCCUAACAUCGUGUAUCUCUGUUACGAUAAAGACUACAUAUGUUGCUACUUCAGACCUUGAUCGGUUAAACGAGCUUUGGCAGUUAGCCAGACUUCGUACGGCUCUCAUUUUUUCAUUUCAAUCCGAUUGCUCGUCGCGAACGCACGCAAAACUCGUCAGCGCAACGGAACAAAUAAAAUAAAAUAAACAUUUAUAAGUGGACCCGCAGAACGACUCAUUCAUUCAAAAUAUUCAGCGAUUGGGUGGCGCGUAACUUGUGCCUGUGUGAUAAGAACUUAAUUGAUAAAGGAAGUGACGGAACCCGCAUAUCAAAAAUCGCGAAAUGGCUCUGCGAAAGAGUUUGGCCUUCUGCAGCGCGCUUCUUUUGGUGCUGCUGCUGGCAGAUUCCCAUGCCAAGCCCUCGCAGGAUUUAAGCACAUCGCAAACGGAGCUAAGUGAUCUGAGGGGAGGAGGACCGUCCAAAAACAAGACAGCUGUCGUGGAGGACACUCCUUCAAGUUCCGACUCAGAGGCGGAAUCGGAGGAGCAGUCAAGGCGAUCGUAUCCUCACCGCGAUGAGGAUCAACUGAACUCGGCUACCAACUUGGUGCUGGCCCAGAACUACAAGUACGAUGUGGAGAUCCUCGAAUCAGGAGACGCAGAUCAAGAUGAUAGUGUCAUGGAUGACUCUGAUGACUUGGAGGAGCGUUUCAAGGGACGUGGUGUUGUCUUCAGCACGGAUACCGAAACCUUUGCCUCCGAAAACAUCGAAGUGACCCCGGUGGACGUGCAAGCGGAUGCGGUUAGCCAGGGUCACGUGCUGCUCGGCGUUGUGGUGGUGGCACUGGCCUUGGUCUCCAUCUGCCUGUACGCCGGACUGGUCAUAUGGCGCUCGCACCUGGAGCAGCGGUACGGAAUGCGCGAGCGACUGGUGAACCGGGAUCUGGAGGAGGAAGCGGGUGGCGACGAUAUCGAUUAUCACGUCUAUGCCCCGACCACCACGCCAGCAACGCCCAGGGCGUAGUCCGUUGAAAAUCUGGUCCGAUUUGAUCCGAUCCGGUGCGCGACAAUUGGACCUGGUUUCGGUUUAAAGUGCGCACUCACCACACAAUUCAGACGACAAUCCCAGCGACAACGAGGAUGGAGAGCGCGCUCAAUCGUCUAAUGAAUGCCAUAAAUUUCCACGACAGCUGAAAAGCAUUCCGCUUCCCAAUUACACUCUAAUGGCGAUGCUAAAGGUCAAAUCCGACUUCUAGCCGCGCAGUUGACAAGCUCCAAUUAGUUAUUAAGUUUCUGUGAUAUUGUUCUAGAGAUUCUUUUGUACGUCCUUGCACUAACAAUAUGCAUAGAGCCCACGUUUGUAAUCGAUAAUAAACAAGUAUUUGUAAAUUUAAACGAA